CGCCCGCGGGGCGAGGAGGGAGAGGCUGCUUCCUUGCCCGCCACCUCAACGCGCCGCAGAACCUAAAGCCUACGGAUGAAAAGGGAAAGGGUGGUGAAGGAGGGCGCGAGUCCCCGAGGCAUUGCCCUCGGAGCCCCCCUUGUUCAUUUUUUCAUUUGAAAUACCGUUUCCUUCCACCCAGUUGGAAAUUAUUCUGAUUGUUUCCUGGGGAAGCCCGGAGUCUAAGGCCCCAAAUCCAGAAGAGGAAAUUCUGAAAGACGGGGUGGGGGUGGGGUGGGGAAGGGAUUCAAGAACUACCUUGCUCCGAAAAACCUGCAUUUGUAAGGUAGAAGGCAAUUUUUCCUUUUUCUGCAUGGAAACAGGAAAAUUUUUUUGGCCCUUUUCCUUUACCAUCUACUUUCACCCUCCUGAAUGUAAAGUCUGAGCGGGAACUUUAGAUGUGUCGGUAACUCACACUCUUACACGCGUCCCCCCUCCCCGCCCCCUUUUAACCACUGCUGUUUUUUUCUUUAUUGUUUAUACCUUUAAAAAAAUAUGUUUCAAAUGAACUUACUACAGUCAAAGCAGCUCUGUUACAUAUGAGAGAGGGCAUAAAGAGCAAAGACCCUGGCUCCAAAAGAAAUAGACAAGAUCAAAACCAAAGCGGAAAGAAAAAAAAAAAUCUCUAAACCAAAGCCCAGAGGGAGAGUAGCAAAGGGUUAAAAUCCUUUUGAUUGACGUUGUAGCCUCCGGUGCCCUGGGCUCAGGCGCGCGCCAUUGGCCGCCAGACCUUGUGCCUGGCGGCCAAUGGGGGGGCGCGGUCCACGAGCGGUGCCGCGUGUCUCCUCCUCCCAUUGGCUGAAAGUUACUGUGGGAAAGAAAGUUUGGGAAGUUUCACACGAGCCGUUCGCGUGCAGUCCCAGAUAUAUAUAGAGGCCGCCAGGGCCUAGGGAUCACACAGGAUCCGGAGCUGGUGCUGAUAACAGCGGAAUCCCCCGUCUACCUCUCUCCUUGGUCCUGGAACAGCGCUACUGAUCACCAAGUAGCCACAAAAUAUAAUAAACCCUCAGCACUUGCUCAGUAGUUUUGUGAAAGUCUCAAGUAAAAGAGACACAAACAAAAAAUUCUUUUUCGUGAAGAACUCCAAAAAUAAAAUUCUCUAGAGAUUAAAAAAAAAAAAAAAAAGGAAAAUGCCAGCUGAUAUAAUGGAGAAAAAUUCCUCGUCCCCGGUGGCUGCUACCCCAGCCAGUGUCAACACGACACCGGAUAAACCAAAGACAGCAUCUGAGCACAGAAAGUCAUCAAAGCCUAUUAUGGAGAAAAGACGAAGAGCAAGAAUAAAUGAAAGUCUGAGCCAGCUGAAAACACUGAUUUUGGAUGCUCUGAAGAAAGAUAGCUCACGGCAUUCCAAGCUGGAGAAGGCGGACAUUCUGGAAAUGACAGUGAAGCACCUCCGGAACCUGCAGCGGGCGCAGAUGACGGCUGCGCUGAGCACAGACCCAAGUGUGCUGGGGAAGUACCGAGCCGGCUUCAGCGAGUGCAUGAACGAGGUGACCCGCUUCCUGUCCACGUGCGAGGGCGUUAAUACCGAGGUGCGCACUCGGCUGCUCGGCCACCUGGCCAACUGCAUGACCCAGAUCAAUGCCAUGACCUACCCCGGGCAGCCGCACCCCGCCUUGCAGGCGCCGCCACCGCCCCCACCGGGACCCGGCGGCCCCCAGCACGCGCCGUUCGCGCCGCCGCCGCCUCUCGUGCCCAUCCCCGGGGGCGCGGCGCCCCCUCCCGGCGGCGCACCCUGCAAGCUGGGUAGCCAGGCUGGAGAGGCGGCUAAGGUGUUUGGAGGCUUCCAGGUGGUACCGGCUCCCGAUGGCCAGUUUGCUUUCCUCAUUCCCAACGGGGCCUUCGCGCACAGCGGCCCUGUCAUCCCCGUCUACACCAGCAACAGCGGCACCUCCGUGGGCCCCAACGCAGUGUCACCUUCCAGCGGCCCCUCGCUUACGGCGGACUCCAUGUGGAGGCCGUGGCGGAACUGAGGGGGCUCAGGCCACCCCUCCUCCUAAACUCCCCAACCCGCCUCUCUUCCCUCCGGACUCUAAACAGGAACUUGAAUACUGGGAGAGAAGAGGACCUUUUUGAUUAAGUGGUUACUUUGUGUUUUUUUAAUUUCUAAGAAGUUACUUUUUGUAGAGAGAGCUGUAUUAAGUGACUGACCAUGCACUAUAUUUGUAUAUAUUUUAUAUGUUCAUAUUGGAUUGCGCCUUUGUAUUAUAAAAGCUCAGAUGACAUUUCGUUUUUUACACGAGAUUUCUUUUUUAUGUGAUGCCAAAGAUGUUUGAAAAUGCUCUUAAAAUAUCUUCCUUUGGGGAAGUUUAUUUGAGAAAAUAUAAUAAAAGAAAAAAGUAAAGGC